AUGGCGCCAUACGUGGAAGAGCCGGCAGUCCAGGCAUCCCUUGUCGCGCCUGCUAAACGGGCGCCGACAAAUUUGGUGGCCCCGGAGCCAGGCAUGUACUGCCAUCGAGGAAUACACGCGUGCCCUGAAUCUGAGCAGGCAGGCCAAGGCGAUGCCUGCGCUGGCUGUCCCAAUCAACAGAUCUGCGCAUCCGCGCCCAAAGGCCCCGACCCCGACAUCCCAAUCAUCACUGAACGCCUCUCCCAAAUUCGACACAAGAUUUUGGUCCUUUCGGGCAAAGGAGGAGUCGGCAAAUCUACCUUCACCACGCUGCUGGCACAUGGCUUCGCUGCGAACCCAGACUCGACUGUUGGCGUCAUGGACACUGAUAUUUGCGGACCGUCGAUUCCAAAGAUGAUGGGCGUGGAGAGCGAGACGAUCCACGUGAGCAAUGCUGGCUGGAGUCCGGUGUGGGUGACAGACAACCUUGGCGCUAUGAGUGUGCAGUUCAUGCUGCCAAAUCGCGACGAUGCGGUUAUUUGGCGUGGACCAAAGAAGAAUGGUUUGAUCAAGCAGUUUCUAAAGGAUGUGGAUUGGGGCGAGCUUGACUACCUGAUUGUGGAUACCCCACCCGGCACUUCGGACGAACAUCUCUCGGUGAAUUCCCUCCUCAAGGAAUCUGGAGUUGACGGCGCGGUUGUAGUGACCACCCCGCAGGAGGUGUCCUUGCUGGACGUCCGCAAAGAAAUCGACUUCUGCCGCAAGGCUGGCAUCAAGAUUCUUGGUCUGGUCGAGAACAUGUCUGGGUUCGUCUGCCCUAACUGUACACACGAGUCCCAAAUCUUCCGCAAAACAACUGGCGGAGGACGUCGAUUGGCUAAGAAGAUGGACAUUCCUUUCCUUGGGUCGGUGCCCCUAGACCCCCGCGUUGGUAUGGCGUGCGAUUACGGUGAGAGUUUUGUGGAUAAUUUCCCCGAUAGUCCAGCAUCCAAGGCUAUCAAGCGAGUCGUCCGGGCAGUGGGAGAGGCCGUCGGAGAGAAUCCCGAGGAUGUUUUACCGGAAGAUCUGGUCGGAUGA